AUGGGUAUAACAGUAAUUGGUUCCUUGAACUACGAUUUGGACACUUUUACAGAUAGGUUACCUGAUGCUGGAGAGACUUUCAGGGCCAAUCGCUUCGAGACUCAUGCAGGUGGUAAGGGGUUGAACCAGGCUGUUGCCAUUGGAAAACUAAAGAGGCCCAGUAGCAACUAUAGUGUUCGAAUGAUUGGUAACGUUGGAAAUGACGCAUUUGGUGAGCAAUUGAAAGGCGUUUUGAAUGAUUCCAGUGUGGAUACUACACAUGUUAGCACCUGUGAAGGAAUCAGUACAGGUACUGCUACUAUAUUGAUUGAAGAAAAAUCAGGUGGUCAAAAUAGAAUAUUAAUCGUGGAGGGAGCUAAUGGUAAAACUGUUUAUGAUUCGAGGCAACUGAGUAGAAUUUUCCCGGAAGACAAGGUAGAAGAGGAGUAUGUUGUAUUUCAACACGAAAUCCCAGACCCCAUUUCCAUAAUUAAGUGGUUGCACGAGAACAGGCCAAAUUUUCGAGUCGUAUAUAAUCCUUCACCCUUCAAGGCCAUGGAUAGGGAGGAUUGGGAGUUGAUCGAUCUUUUAGUUGUCAAUGAAAUUGAAGCACUUCAGAUCCUGGAAACCAUUUUUGAUUAUAAGUUUGUUGAAGAAAUAAAGGAACGAAUUAGUGAUGAUUUCAUUGGGGAAUAUCGUAAGGUCUGUGAAGUCUUGCACAAAACACUUAUAGAUCAUAAGAAAAAGGGCACUGUGGUCAUGACUUUGGGUUCCAGAGGUGUGCUUUUUUGUUCGUACGAAGACCCUCGGGUACAGUUCCUUCCGGCUAUAAAAGAUGUCUGUGUUGUCGAUACUACGGGAGCUGGAGAUACUUUCCUAGGAGCUUUAGUUACCCAACUAUAUCAAGGGGAGAAGUUGCCUGUGGCUAUAAAGUUCUCCACUUUAGCAAGUUCCUUGACUAUACAAAAAAAAGGUGCUGCAGAGAGUAUGCCAGCAUUUGAGAGCGUUCAAAAUUGUAUGAAGUAG